GAGGGGAGAGACAACAGGAACCGGUGUCUCGCGCUGAUGGCAGAUUUUAGGAAGUGUUUUUUAUGAAAAGGAACAAAUGAGACGAUGAGCUGAAAAUCACAGCUGAGCCAGCAAACAAUGACAAAGAACAGGAUAUCAAGCAGAAUCACAGCAUGCAUCUGAAGAUAUGGCGUUCACUUCCUUUGAUGUGCUGUGUAUUUGUCCAGAAAAGCACUCAGACAAACUGACACAUGCAGGUACACAGAGCACUUUUUUGUGGUGUUUCCCUGACUGCCGGGUCUGUGAGGGAAGAGGAGGGGAAACAAAGCCAGAGAAAACAAGCUGCACUUCCCAAAAGACGACGAGUGGCUUUUAAAGCAGAGGAGGAAACUUCACUUUGUGUUCUCCUUCCACACCUUUUAUCCUCGAGCGAUGUCGCAGUCGCUGCUGGGACGAGUGUCAGCCGUCGGCUGGGGAUGCUGCUCCUACAGCACCCUGAAGUCCUGCCUGCCCAUCCUCUCCUGGCUGCCCAGGUACAAGCUGAAGUGGCUUCAGAUGGAUCUGCUCGCAGGCCUCACAGUCGGGCUGACGGCUGUACCUCAGGCGCUGGCUUAUGCUGAAGUGGCUGGCCUUCCUGUGCAGUACGGCCUCUACUCUGCCUUCAUGGGGGGGUUCAUCUAUGCCCUUCUGGGAACCUCUAAGGAUGUGACACUGGGUCCCACGGCCAUCAUGUCCCUCCUGUGUUUCUCUGUGGUGGGGGGGCACCCACACCAAGCCGUGCUGCUCAGUCUCCUCUGUGGACUCAUCCAAGCUAUAAUGGCAUUACUGAGAUUAGGUUUCCUGCUGGACUUUAUCUCUUUCCCGGUAAUAAAAGGCUUCACUUGUGCUGCUGCGGUAACCAUCAGCUUUGGCCAAGUGAAGAAUAUUCUGGGACUCCAGGACAUUCCCCAUGACUUCAUCCUGGAGGUUUACUACACCUUUUACAGGAUCCCAGAAGCCAGGAUAGGUGAUGUGGUAUUGGGACUGCUCUGUCUCUCUCUCCUGGUCAUGUUGAUGUUAAUGAAGAAGAGUCUGGGCUCUGAUGACAUUCCUUACUCCACUUCCUCAAGAUUCGCCAGGAAACUAGUGUGGACUGUCGCUACCAUGCGUAAUGCUCUGGUAGUCGUGGCUGCAACCCUUGUAGCAUUUUCCUGGAAUGGUUAUGGUCAUCAGGUGUUUACAAUCACUGGGGAAACUUCCCGGGGGCUCCCACCAUUCAGGCCCCCACCCACCACUUACAUCACAGACAAUGGCACUGUCGUCUCUUUUGGAGAGAUUGUAGAGGGCUUUGGGGAAGACCUUGUUGUAAUUCCCUUCAUGGGUCUGUUGGAGAGCAUUGCUAUUGCAAAAGCUUUUGCCAGUCAAAACGACUACAGAAUCGAUGCCAAUCAGGAGCUGUUGGCAAUCGGUGUGACCAACAUCAUGGGUUCCUUUGUGUCAGGAUACCCUGUUACUGGCAGCUUUGGGAGGACAGCAGUGAACUCCCAGACUGGUGUUUGCACUCAAGCUGGAGGUAUCGUCACCAGUGUGAUAGUGUUGCUUUCCCUGGCGUUCCUCAUGCCGGCCUUCUACUACAUCCCCAAAGCUUCUCUGGCUGCUGUUGUCAUCUGUGCGGUAGCUCCAAUGAUGGAUUACCAAGUUGUGGCUAACAUGUGGAGGAUACGCAAACUGGACCUGCUGCCUUUUUUUGUGACGUUCCUGAUGAGUUUCUGGCAGGUGCAGUACGGCAUUGUGGGAGGUAUAGCUGUAUCUGGAGCCCUGCUGCUGUACAAUACGGCAAGACCACAGAUAAAGGUGUCUGAUCAUGGUGUGCUAGUGAUGGAGUUGGGCAGUGGACUCAGCUUUCCUGCCACAGAGCACCUCAGCCACAUCAUGCACACUCAGGCUCUGCAGGCGUCUCCUCCACGGUCAGUGAUCCUGGACUGCCACCAUGUCAGCAUCAUAGAUUACUCAGUGAUCAGCGAGAUCAGGGACCUUCUGAGGCAGUUCAAACUCAGAAAAGUGCGACUGUAUUUUGCCAGAUUGCAGCCCUCUGUUCUGAAGGUUCUUCUCGCAGCUGAUCUGCAGGACCUUGUAUAUACACACAGUGUGGAUGCAGCACUGCAGAUGGAGUCGGGAACCUCCUCAAUGACUGAUGCAAACUUUGUCCAAUCCCAGAAUGGAGAGGAGAUGUUUGAUGCGGAACAGAAGGAAUUUAGCAACAGCGCUGAUCAGUGAUAUUUCUGAUAUGGGAUCAUUGGGCUGUUAUGAGGUCAAAAAGUGAAGAACUACCUCCAACAACUGAUUUACUGACUGUUAGGUGCGUCCUUCUUUUUCCGGUUAAAGGAAAGUGUUGCACUAAACUUUGUCUGUUGAACUUGACUUUGGAAAUGUUUGGGAGAAACACUAGCGAGAUUACAACACUACAUUUCCAUUGCACAAAAACAUUGGACCAGGAGUCUAAUUCUGUGUUUUAUAGCAUUUUGUAGCUUUGUGGGACAUUAUGUAUUUUGUAUGAAUAAGGAGAUAAUGAGAGAAACUAUAAUACUGAUUUAUAUGAUUAAUCAUUUUCCAAAAAUAUGGACAGCGUGUGUAAAGGAUACCAGAGCAGCGCUGGGGUGUUGUUUAGCUCAGUCGGUAUGGGGCCGCUCCAUGUACAAAAAGGCUCAGUCCUUGCCACGGCAGCCCAGGGUUCGAAGCCGACCUGUGGCUCUUUCCCGCAUGUCAUUCUCCAUCUCUCACUCCCUGCAUUUCUGUCACUCUUCAGCUGUCUUUAUACAAUAAGGCUAAAAAAAUCUUUUAAAAAAAUAACAAAAAAUAGCAGUGCCAUCAAUGAAUAAUUAGUAAUUUUUUUAUCGAUGUAAAAGGACAUGUAAUGUAAUUGAUUCCUCUUCUUUUUUAGUAAGGAAAUGUUUUACAAGGUAGUGCAAAAUGGUUUUAAUUGACUUACAAUUAAUCACAUUAUUAACCUAAAUCAAUAAUUUUUUAUUGAAUAAAAAGUUUAUAUUUU